AUGGCUGGUUACUUCUCUAACCACUCUCAAUCGCGCUUUCUCGCCAACUCUACUCCGAACACGAGCACAACCCAGACACAGACGACUGCGAACCCCCCAUCGGCGACGCGUCCGCGCGCACCCUCAUCCAAGCAUUUCUCCACGACUCUUUCCGGAGACGAAAAGAUUCAGAACAAAGAUAAACCGUCCGCGAACGGUAGCCCUAACGGCAGCCCUCUCGUACAUCCCCUCCGACAUACCUGGAUCUUUUGGUUCCGUCAACAGCGGGGUCCCGGGACGAAGAUCACAAAUUAUGAAGAAGGUAUCAAGAAAGUCUCCGCAUUCAGCUCUAUCGAGUCCUUUUGGUCCCUCUGGACACACCUUAACCCACCAUCCAGCUUGCUCCCCACUACAGACUACCUGCUCUUCCACUCGGGCAUCCGUCGGCCCGUGUGGGAGGACCCAUUAAACCUUCCUGGCGGGAAGUGGAUCAUUCGUUUGCGUAAGGGCAUCGCGGACCGCCUCUGGGAGGACCUCGUCCUCGCCAUUGUCGGAGACCAGUUCGCGCACUGCACGUCGCCUGAUGACGAGGCAUCCGACAGUCCCACCGGCGCGAGGGGAAAGGAAGAUAACAGUAGCGCCAAUGGAGAUGGUGACGAGUGGCCCGAAAUCUGCGGAUGCACGAUCAGCGUGCGGCAGAACGAAGACAUUAUCUCUAUCUGGAACCGGCGUGACUCAGACGUUCUAGUGAAAGAGAGAGUCAAAGAGACCAUCCGGAGGGUGUUAAACCUUCCUGCUGCAACUGUCAUGGAAUACAAGUCCAAUAACGACUCGAUGCAGGACAAAUCCAGUUUCCGUGUGCCGCCAAAUACAGAUCGUACCCCUCUGUCAUAA